AAUUAGAACUCAGAUUGCUGGGGUAACGUGCUUAUCGUCCCACGCUACUUUUUGAGUCUCUUUUAAAUAGUACUAAUUGAUGGUAUUUUGUAAAUAAUAAUGUAAUAUCUUAUAGUGUAACAUUUAUAUAAUUGUUUGAAAUAGUUUAAAACUUUUUUCAGCCACUUUAAUUCACCAGAAACAGUUGAAUAUUAUGAGAAUAAAGCAAACUGCUAGAAAGUCAACUUUAGGCUCUGUCAAAGAUUUAUUAGUGUCGGCUAAAAAGUCCAAACACAGUUGCAAACAGGAAGACACAUCGGAGGAAACAAGGGAGGAACAGAGUGUUCCUGCUAGGAAUGUUAGGAGGAGGAUUGCCUAUAGGAAGACCCUGGCCAUUAAGGAGAUAAGACGCUACCAAAAGUCAACCGAGCUACUAAUUAGAAAAUUACCGUUUCAACGUUUAGUUAGAGAAAUUGCAAUUGAAUUUCAAGCAGAUAUUAGAUUUCAAUGUCUAGCUCUAGACUGUCUACAGGAAGCAGCCGAAGCGUACAUUGUUCAACUUUUCGAAGAUACUAAUCUAUGUUGUAUUCAUGCUAGACGUGUUACUAUCAUGCCUAAAGACAUACUGCUUGCGAAAAUAAAGAGGGAAAGAAUUAUGGCUUCCAGGCAUAUUCUCGACGAUCACGAAACAAAUUUCCCUCAGAACUUGGAGAGAAUAGGCCAUUGUGCCAAAGCAAUUGGUGAUGUUGUUAUUAUUAUGGGAGGAAUUGGCCUAAAUGUUUGUUUACAUAUUGAUUAUUUUAGAUUUGGUAAAGAAAGGACAAUAAAGGAGGGAAUUGUAACUUUAUAUCAUAUUGAGCUUAAGAAGUGUGCAACACUCUUUGCAAGCUUUCCAGCCAGAAUUAGAGGUCUUAAAACUUGGAAUAAUGUUGAAACAAUAAUUCAAAGUAAUAACGAUAUAAUAAUUAGUGGUGGAUAUAGAACGCAUUUAUUAGUAACACCGCUGUGGAAGAUGAAUGGUACGCAUUGGCAACAGAUUAUGCCUUCUGAAGCAUCUCACGAAAUUCCAGAAAAAGCUAUUUAUACAGUAUACCAAAGCUGGUUUUAUAAUGACAAAAUAUAUUUGUUUGGUGGUUAUACCGAUGUUCAAAACGAGGAAGAAAGCUCUAGCGAAGUACUCUCAUGGUUUAGGAAAAAUUCCAAAAAGUUUGUCAGACACGAAUUAGACGGUUGCAGCUGGACUAAUCAAUUAUUGUCUUUCGAUUUGAAUGAAAAGCUAUGGGAAGAUGUUGAGAGUCACGGAGACGUUCCUUCUCCAAGAAGCCGAUACGCUUGCGCUUUGGUUCGGGACAAACUAUAUUUAUUUGGCGGGAAUGGUUCUGGUAGCGAAUAUGGUCUACCUAUGGACGACUUUUACGUCCUUGAUAUGACAAAUUUUACAUGGAGAAUACUUAAUGACAUUAGCGGGAGCAGACCUCCUGCACGAUAUCAGCAUAGUCUUACAUAUGUAAAUCAUAUAAAUUCACUUUUCUUGUGUGGAGGUUUAUCCGACGAGUACGAGGGUUUAGCCGACGAAUGGAUAUACGAUUUGGAUAAGAAUACCUGGACCAGGUUAUCAUCAGGCGAAGUCGAGCCCAGGUGUUAUCACGUUUCAGUUCCUACAGUUUACGGAUCAGUUUUAUCAAUUGGUGGAUCAACUCAUGCAGAAUAUGGUGAAGAGUCUCUCUCACCGGCCACUGCUGUAAAGGAACAUAUGUUUACAACAAAACCUUUGAAAAGAUUAGCGCUAAACGUUGUCUAUACUUUAAGGGAUUGGUGGUAUCUUUUGCCUCACAAUAUUCAAAAUGAGCUUGAAAAAUGGUAUAAAUUCGAGUUAGCUUCAAAAUCUAGUCCAAUUUUAAAUGAAGACUUAUUAAACUAUUUAGACUUGUGA